AUGGCUGCUUACGAGGACGGUGGUGAUGGCUACUACGGAGGAAGACCCUCCAGGCCUUACGAAGGCGGCGGCGGCGGCGUUGGGCUUCCCCGAAGACCAAGACCCGUCACGGACUACGGUUCAUCCAUGGUUCAAUGGAUGCGGACGCGACGACCGAGGUACAAGGGCACACAUCGAAUGGAGAUUGAGAGGCCGAGUCUGAGCUAUACAGUUGAUGUGCUUCCCCCCUACGCCAGAGUGCAUUCGCCGGCCGACACAAUUCCCGUGCGACACCUACAUCAGUCUAUCGGAAAGUCAAAGAAACCUAUUACCGUUGUGAGAUGGACACCAGAAGGUCGAAGGCUGCUCACCGGUGGACAUACUGGCGAGUUCAUGCUCUGGAAUGGCACAGCCUUCAAUUUCGAGACCGUGAUGGACGCACAUUAUGACCAAUUUCAAGCCGGCGUCACAUCCGCUGCUUGGUCGCAUAGCCACGAUUGGUUGAUCUCCGGCGGACAAAAGGGAGAUGUCAAAUACUGGCGACCGAAUUUUAACAACGUUGAAACCGUUGAUGAUGCACAUCAUGACGCCGUACGAGACCUAGCAUGGGGACCGAGCGAUACAAAAUUCCUUUCCGCAUCGGAUGACACCACAUUAAAGAUUUUCGACUUUACCGCACGUGCUUGUGAUACCGUCCUGACGGGGCAUAACUGGGAUGUCAAGUCUUGCGAUUGGCAUCCAACAAAAGGUCUGCUCGUUUCGGGCUCGAAGGAUCACCAGGUCAAAUUCUGGGACCCUCGAACGGGGAGAUGCUUGACUACGUUACACAGUCACAAAAAUACAGUUACUACGACUAAAUUUUCUCGAGUCAACAGCAAUCUUCUGGCUACGUCUUCACGGGACUGCACUGCCAGGGUUUUUGAUCUCCGCAUGAUGCGCGACAUAUGUAUAUUAAGAGGACACGAGAAACCUAUAUCGUCAUUAACGUGGCAUCCGGUCCACAGCUCUUUGAUAUCGACGGGCAGUGAGGAUGGCUCGCUAUACCAUUAUCUUUUGGAUGAGCCGAAUCUGCCCGCAGGCCAUGUGCCCACUGUCGCGCCCUACGAUAGCAACGAUCCUCUCAACACCCCUCCGCAGGUGAUUCAUCCUGCGCAUCGCAUUCAAUACGCACAUGCUUCAACGAUAUGGUCUUUGAAUUGGCAUCCCUUGGGCCAUAUAUUGGCAUCUGGCUCGAAAGAUAAUUUCACCCGCUUUUGGUCUCGAGCUCGACCGGGAGAGACUGCGUACAUGAAAGACCGGUUCCACAUCGGCGAAGAAGCUGCCGAAGCACAAGGAACAUGGAACCGUGGCUUUGGAAAGAAACAGAUGCGAGAGGAAGAAGAACAAGAGCUCCAAGAUGAAGCCGAGGGCUUGGUCGACCAGAAAACCGCCACACCAGCUCUUCCCGGUAUUCAGGGCGUGCAGCUACCAGGUAUCUCGUCGGAUGCUGGACUGCUCCCUGGUAUCGGCAACUUCCAACCGCCCGCCCAACCUAAUAUGCCUAUGCCUAUGCCUAUGCCCAUGUCUAUGCACAAUAUGGAUGCCAACAGUCUGGCUUCAUUGAUGGGAGGGGCGUCAUCAGUACCUGCUGUGACAGGGAUCCCAUCAUAUAUGACGACUUCAUCGGCAAGAGCAACUCCUCCGCCACAACCACCGAAUCUUAACCCCAACCUGAAUCUAGCUGCAUUGCAAAAGCAGUUGAUGGCGCAGGGAAUCGAGCUUCCUGCCAAUUUUGCCAAUCCGAGCGCAUGGCAUCAAAGCUAG